CUCCGCAUCACCAAACAAAUUCGCGCUCACUCAAUAACGCUUUUUUGUCGCGAUACCGGUGCAGGCAGACUAGUUCUUUGUCUAUCCAGAUUUCGGGCGAAGCACCAGAAGAGAAACACCAUAACACUAUACAGUCCCCCGAGCCCUGACCUUGACCACGUCCAUAAGUGCUCUUUCUGCGCCAGCUUAACCAACAAAACAUUACCCCUCCCGGACAGUUGUACUCCGCCAUGGCUUGGGCAGAACCACGGAAUACGGGGAUGGAGUACCGCCGCCUCGGACGGUCUGGGCUGCACGUCUCUGCCAUCGGCCUCGGAGGCUGGCUGACGUAUGGCGGUUACACCGGCGAUGACUUGGCUUUUGCGUGUAUGAAGAAGGCGUACGAUCUGGGCGUCAACUUCUUCGACACUGCCGAGAACUAUACGGCCGGCGAGUCUGAAAAGGUUAUGGGCCGGGCCAUCAAGCACUUUGGCUGGAAGCGCAGUGACUUGGUCAUCUCCACGAAGAUCAACUGGGGCGCGGUCAACGGCGAGAUUCUCAUCAACAACCAUGGACUGUCGAGAAAGCACAUCGUCGAGGGACUCGACGCGUCGCUCGAACGCCUCGGCCUCAAAUACGUCGACAUUGUGUACGCACACCGGCCGGACCGGCUGACACCCAUGGAGGAGACCGUGCGGGCGUUCAAUUUUGUCAUCGACCAGGGCAAGGCGCUGUACUGGGGUACUUCUGAAUGGAGUGCGGAUGAGAUUGCUGAAGCGGUGAGCGUCCCGCGGUUUCAAUCACGCUUACUUACGCCCUCCUUCCUCUGCAAGAAGUCACUCACUAAUCCGACACAGGUCGGCAUCGCCCGCGAUCUCCGACUCAUUGGUCCCGUCGUAGAGCAGCCAUUGUACAAUAUGCUCUCUCGGGAAAAGGUGGAGGGCGAGUUCCAGCGCCUCUACUCUCGCUUCGGACUCGGCUUGACGACGUUUUCACCUAUAAAGAUGGGCAUGCUGUCGGGCAAGUACAACGACGUUGUCGACGGCAAGCCGCCGCCGGCGGAUUCGCGAUUCGGGGCCAGCAAGGACGGCUUCGCCGACUUUAUGCGCAAGCGCAUGGGCACUGACGACUGGCGCGCCGAAAUCGAGACGGUCCGCGCUCUCAAGCCGGUGGCCGACCGCCUCGGCGUCUCGCAGAGCCAGCUGGCCAUUGCUUGGUGUCUGAAGAACCCGCACGUCAGCAGCGUCAUUACCGGCGCGAGCAAGCCCGAGCAGCUAGAGGAGACGAUUGCGGCACUCAAGGUGGUGGACAAGUUGACGCCGGAGGUUUUGGCUGAGAUUGACUCUAUUACCAAGAACAAGGUGGAGUUAGCUCCAGCAAGGCAGUCGUAGAGUAGGUAUGUGCGAGGAGCGGCUGCAGAAGGAUUACGUUGCAAGAACGCUAUGAAUGGCCCCUGCAAUAGCUAAAGGCGACUGUGUCUUGGGAGCAGUAGGAUAGACUUGGAGGUUCUCGGGGGGCGGGCGCGUGAAAUGGGGGAGGUGUGUAUAUGUACACCUGGCCCAUCAACGGG